GCAAUUGUGACUUUAUGGAAGAAGGUGGUUCUGCUAUGAAUUUUAAUAACCAAAGACAAUGAAACGUGUGUUACGCCUCCAUUAGUGAGUGAAAUACGCGAGCAGUCCGUUAAAUGAUGAGGAAUCUCCAGAUGAGCGCCUUUGCUUUUGCCACGUCCCGUGAACUUGUCAAAUAGCGCCCGGUAGCGGUGAAAAUGUUCAGUACAACAGUGAGCCAGAGGAAUCGACAAGAAGGCGCCAUGGGGGCCGUGCUGUCACGAUGGAAGACGAAACCGACCACAGUGGAGCAGCUGGAGAACCUGGACAAGGAGAUUAAGGAGCUGGAGGAGUUUCGAGCCAAAAACCAGCGACUCCAAAAGUUGUGGGUGGGCCGGCUGCUCCUCUACUCGUCCGUCUUCUACCUGCUGACCUGUCUGGUGGUCUAUUGCCUCUACCUGCCCGACCAAUGGCUUCACAGAUUGGCCAUGGCCCUGCCUUUCUUCGUCUACCCGGUGCUGGUGUGGUUCAUCCGGAAGUUGCUCAUUUUUCUCUUCUGCAAACGUACCGAGAGGAACAGUGACAUCCUGGAAGAAUUAAAGGUUACCCAAAAAAAGAUACUCGAAGAAGUGAUGGAAACGGAGACGUACAAAAAUGCCAAACUCAUACUGGAACGCUUCGAUCCGGAAGCAAAGAAGAAAGCCGAGAUGGAGUCAACGCCAGUACGACCUCAGAUGACUCCCAGGCCUGGACAAGACAUUCGCCAGCGCGGCGCGGCCGUGAGCCCCCCGUGGACCCCCGCCGCCGUGGCGAUGACCCCCCCGCCCGGAGGCCGACCCACGCCGGGCCCCGGGGCCGCACCUGUGGCUCCAGGCGGACCGCCCGAGCGAGGCGCCCUGUCUGCCGCAGGCCACCAAGGGGGAGCGGCCAGGAUCCCCUGCUCCCCUAUACCUGGUGUAGGCCUGCAUCCUCCCGGUCCUCCACUGGCGAGACCCGUUCUGCCCAGAGAGAGGGGGGCUUUGGACCGAGUGGUUGAGUACCUGGUGGGAGACGGGCCGCAGAACCGAUACGCCUUAAUCUGUCAGCAGUGCUUCUCCCACAAUGGCAUGGCCCUGAAAGAAGAGUUUCGAUACCUUGCCUUCCGCUGCGCUUAUUGCUACUUUCUGAACCCGGCCCGGAAGACGCGUCCGCAGGCUCCCGUGCUGCCGGAGUUCAGCUACGAGAGGAGGCUGCGUGCCGAGUCGCCGUCCCCGGGACCGACGCCGCGCUCUGGCACCGACACGGAGGAGAGCGCGCCCCCCUCUCCAGACGAGCGAGAGCGGGGCGAAGACGGCCACGCUGAAGCCCAGGAGGCCGAGAGCCACGGCGAGGAGGAACGGGAGGAGCGAGAAGAGUUGGUCCAGGAAGAGCAAGACGAAGAGAAAGACGAGGAAGACAAAGAGAAAGACCAAGGCGUCACCGCUCAUGCGCGUCAGCCUUCGUAGCUGCGCGGGAAAAAAGGUGUUUGCACUCGCCGCUACAGACUGUAGAAGCUAAAUGCUAAUCGGCACAUGGAGGAUUAUUUGUGUCCGUGUUUAUUAUUAACAUUAUGAUGAAGUAUUUCACGAGUGAGCUGUUUUAAGAUAAACGGAGCGUGUUUAGUAAGUUACGACUCCUUCGUUUAAACUAGGAGUGGGCCAAGUAUGGCUCCGUUUAGCAUUUAUCAUGAGCAAUAGUGCUGUAAAAUUCCGUUAUUCAUAAUAUUUGAUGCCUUUUGCCCCGAAUUAGUCACAUUUUUGUCAUCCAUUUUCUCAUGAAAUAAUUGCCAAAUUUAUUCAUUGUAAUAAUCCAAUUCAACAAAUAAUAGAAAAUGAACAAUUUUACUUGUAUUUUAUUAAAUUGUUGGUUAAUUUAUAAAAAUAUUAUAUAUAUAUAUAUAUAUAUAUAUAUAAUGGAAUUUUUUUGGAGAAUGAAUUAUUUUAUUAUUUAAAUCAAGUAAUUUACAUAUAUUACAUCUCCAUUUUACAAUUGAGCUGGCCCAUCUGUCCGCUUUUAAAAAGCAAAUGUGGCCCUUGAGCGCAAAAAGUUUGCCCACCCCUGGUUUCUACCGUAGCCUCGGUUAGCAUGUUAGCAUUUGACAGCCAACUCGUGAUAGUUUCACCUGCAGAACAAAAUGGAGGGGCAAUCACUUAAAUAGACCACUAGGCAAAUGUCUGUCUUAUUGUUAAUGUGGUUUUCAAACGCAAACACAACGAUAUCAAAACCACACAGACAACAAAUAGUAGAAUCUUUACUAAAUUGCUUUGAUUUGUCCUGGUCAUGUUUUCAUGGACCCAUGUUGCUGGGCAGAAGUGUUAAUAAUUAAAAAACAAAAACAGAGAGAAAAAAAAAAAAAAAAGAAGUAGAGAAGCAACACACAAGAAAUUUGCUGUCGUAACCGAAGUUUAAUUGCUACCUAACUAACAUUGAUUUUCAUUCUUUUUCGUGGUUACCUCUUUGGAGCCAUUUUGUCACUAUUGUCACUACGAAUUUCUUAUGCUGUCAAACUCACGAGAUUGUUGCCUUGACAACUUCGGGGGAGACGCUUACAGUGCCCCACACAGCAGAGAAAGGAUGGGGAGAGAAAGUAAAUUGCAGUCACCUAGUUUAGUUUCAUACGUGGUUCUUCACUUUACAAUUUCAAUUUUUACCUGCAAACAUAGGUCAUUAUUCUUUUUCCUGGUAAUGUGACAUGUUUUUGAGGUCACUUGUUGCCAGGCAGAAUUCGCUUAGUCUAAUAGCAUCAUCGCUUAAAUAAUCUUUAAAUGUUUUCAGAAAACGAGAAAAAAAAAAAAAGAACAAAUUCAACAAACGGAGAAAAUUUCCUAAAAUAUUAUUAGCAGCAUAUCGUUGACCGAUACGUUAACUGUUGGCAAACAAAAUUGGAUGACCUUUGCUUAUCGUCAUUUUUAUUUUCUAUUUUGUCACUUUGUUCUCGAAAUGUUCGUGGCUAUUUUUGGAGCUUGUCAGCUCGCUGGCUUCACGAGCGCCGUUGCUGAUUUGACUUUUUAGUGAGCAGGACUUCGUCAGAGGCGACUUCAAACUCUGGCUUCAUCCGACACGCUUCCCUUCAUAAAAGUGGCAGCCAAAUGUCUUCUUGACUGCACGUGCACUGAUUUUCUUCGUGUUUAUUAGGCCUUCAAACGUUUGGAUGGACGUUGUUUGCGGCACUUUGUUCGAUGACGUCAGAAGAUGAGGGCCAAUUAGUUUGAAGCUGGCUUUUUUAACGACUGCGCCGAAAAAAUAUCGACGACGUCAUCGUUGACGAGUUGACGUCAACUCAACUUCCAUCACACACGCGUCGACUUUAAAAAAAUGUCAAGUUUUGCGAGCCCGACGCUGCCGUAGAUGGAUGAACAGAUACAUUUCAAGUAAAUAAAGAAUCCUUUUCGGUUUCUCGCUCUGUAACGCGCCGCAGCACAGUGCUUGGGAAUCACUGCUUUAAAUCUACUGGAGUGAUUGAUGCAAUUUCACUUCCACAACCUAAUGCUUCAACUUUGAAAUAUGUGUUAGUAUUUGAUAUUUCAAUGACCUAAAACUUGUCUCUUGUGUUUGUCGCUGCAUUUGUCAGCGCACUGCUGGUUUUCAUGACACCGUGGCCGCUAAAAUAAAAGUUUUUCAAGCUAUAA